CGUCGAUUGCAGACAACCCGUAGAUGAAGACCGGUUCGAGGAUUUUUUCAUUAUAAAACCCGACAUAAAAACCUAAAAAUGGGUACUGUUUUUGCUGCAGAAGCGUCACCUGUGAUGCCAAGUCCACCUAUGCCUGGGAUGCCAGUCUCACCGCCUGUGACGGCAACAGCACCGGCCGGUGUUGGGAGCGAAUCGACGGCGGCUGGGAAUGGAGGUUUGCCCAAUCCGGGAAGUUUUGAAGAUCUAUUCAAGAAAGUUAAAGAGGUUUUUCCUCAGCCAAUAGAGGGCUGUAAGAUGGUCAUCAACAAGGGAUUAAGUAAUCACUUCCAGAUCAGUCACACUCUGUCCCUCGGCGCCUUUAGUCCGUCCUCCUACCACUUUGGGACGACCUACGUUGGAUCAAACCAAAUUAGUCCCUCAGAGGCGUAUCCAGUGAUGCUGGGUGACAUCGAUACCUCAGGAAGUCUCAACGCACAAAUUAUUACCCAGCUCGCAAAUAGGUUACGAGGGAAAGUAGUGGUUCAGACGCAGCAAACUAAAUGGGCGGUUUACCAGGGUGAAGUAGAAUACAAGGCUCCGUCAUUCACCGGUACCUUGACAGCAGCUAACAUUAACCCACUGGAAGGUUCCGGUAUCAUUGUUGCUCACUACCUACAGAGCGUGUCCGAGAGGUUAGCGCUGGGGGCCGAAGUUCUAUUCCACUACGGUCAGGGUCAACAGGCGACUGUCCCGUCGCUAGCAGGAAAAUAUUCAUCCAACAACUGGAUAGCAUCCGGUACACUCGGCAUGACAGCAUGCCACGCGGCAUACUACCACAAGGGGAAAGACGUCCAGUUCGGGGUAGAAUUUGAAAGUAACUUCAGAGCUCAGGAAAGCGCAUUAGCAUUCGGCUACCAAGUGGACAUCAAUCCAGCCAACGUAACGAUUAAAGGAAUGCUAGACUCCAAUUGGACCGUAGCGGCCGUGAUGGAGAAAAGACUACAACCGUUACCAUUCACCUUCCUCCUAAGCGCCGUCCUCAACCACUGGAAAAGCCAAUACCGCGUCGGCUUUGGGCUUAUGAUAGGUUGAGGUCAAAGGUCGUCACUAGGUAGCAAUUUUUCCAUAAUAAAAUAAACUUUCAAGUAAAAAAGGUUAGUCCUAAACUCGGGUAUCUGUUUGGUAGAGUGCUUCAACUUGUAGUGGUCUCAGAAUAUAGUUUUCAAUAUUCGAGGAGAUGUUUGGAGGAAAAUAUCAAAUUGAUAAAUAGCCAAAUAUCUUUCUCGUUACAAACUCGGUCUGUGUGCCAAGUUCCAUGCUUGUAUCAUCAAAGGCUUGUAUAAUGUCGUAUCGCCAUGGUUAUCAGUGAAAAUUUGAUCAGUUUUCAUACAGGUUGUAUGUAUGUACACCAUUUCCAUAGCACACUGGAAAUGGGGCACCAGCCAAAACACCAUAUGAUCUCUAUUGCAUGCUGCCGGUCCUCUGCCUAGUUUUUGCCUCUGCGGAUGCUUACAGUAUUGCAAUAUUUGCUGAUGGGAAUGAAGCUUGGGUAUGGACUUUGGCCCAUGUGACUUCUGGUCACUACAUGUGUGAUGUAUAAAGUUGAAGCAUUCUAUAAACAUUGGAGUGAAGGAGUUUUUAACUUCACAUAGAGAUGAAGACAAUUAUGACAUUUUGGUAUAUCCAGCCAGGAACUUUUGUUUUUGAAAGAGCAAAAUCAAUGGUGUCAGAGGCUGUGUUUCUUCGGCAGCAAUUGCGUUGCCAAAGGAAUUGGAUAAGUUUUCCAGAGUUUUCCGUUUAAUCGCCGGAGCGUUUCGUUUGAAAGUUCAAAAUGCUAAUGGGCACGCUCACUUGUGAUUCACGGCACAGUGAUGCGGACCAGUGGAACGUUCUGGCAGACCAAUAGACUGCGGUCGUGUGCCAACGUGAUCGCUCUUUUGCGCUGAGAACGUGCCUGUCUUUUUUCAGGCAGUCC